UAGUAAGUGAUUUUGAAAUUUUCAAACGUAACGAGUUAGAUGAUCGAUUGACCACUGGAACCAUGGAAAUGUUAAUGUCCGUGUCCAUCUUGAUCGUGAUACUGUCACCGCUAGGAAAUACGUCUCCAGCAUACAGCAAUGAAAGAAAUGAUAACGGCUACUCAAGUACCAACUUACCGUCCAACUUGAGCGGAUUUGAAAGGAAUAUUGAAGAGGCCAGCGAGCCGCUUCCCGUACGGUCAAGUCCUGCUGGAAAUGUUGAAGAAAUAGAGAAGUUCGAAAGGAGAGAAAUCGAACAAUUGAAGAAUUUAGAAUCGCUGAGCCGGAAAGUUCGAUGUAAAUAUCCACGAAGCUCCUGGAAAACUAGACUUGGAAAAAAGCUCGCAGGCGGCCCGGUAAAACCGCUCAAGAACACUUCCUCUGUCGGAUCCACCUUCGCCGAGCGUCGCAUCGGAAACGUUAAAAAAAAAAAAAAUUUGCGAAAAGCUCCGUUAGCGAAUACGAGAAUUCCCCCGAAUACAUUGAGAGCUUCAAAAACAACGAAGCGCGAAAAUGAACAAGGAGCUCAAGGAACAGUGAUGCUGCAACCACGCCUUGGAGAUAAUUUUCUUUUAACCAAUAAGGAUCCAAACACAGCGAAUGAUCGAGCUCCAAAAAAUAACGUUUGUCAGUAUUCCGGAGGAAACGAUAAGUCAACGAGACUCGCAUCUCAUGCCCCCUCCGAGGCAAAAAGUGUUGCAGAAAUGCUCCUUAAGACUGGGCAUAACGAGCAGAAGAUGCAAGAAAAAUCAAUGGAGGUCAAUGAUCCGGAGGAUGCGCAUCAACCUCAAGACAGUUCAUUUCCGCAGAUUCCCAAACAACAAUCAACCGUUUCGAAGAGAUUAGCAGAAAAUCCUAUUUCAUUUUGUCUUCCAGAACCAACGAUAAUCAGUGAACCAAUGAAAAUUGGCAUUCCACUAAAUGCAAAUCAAGAACCAAACAUUUUUUACCUGCAGAAUGGCAAAUGGUCUCCCGAGCGAAACUCGCCAGAUUUUACGAACAACAGAGAGAUGAGACCAGAAAAAUAUUCGCCAUUUGGAGUCAAUCAAAAUGUCCGUGCUUCGGACCUGAGCUCUUAUAAUGCACAAGAAUAUAUUCCACAGCGAAAAUACACCAAAAAACCUGUGUACCAGGACACUUUAGUAGAGAGCGCCAUCGAGUUAGAUCAAGCUUCUUCCCCUCGUGACGGAGAAUUUGGACCCCUAGGAUACAGCGGAGGUUCACCGCCGAAAAAUAAGAAGGAAUUGGAGGAAUGCAUCGAAUUAUACGGCCUCGAACAUUGCAUCCCGAUAUCCGGAGAUUCCCGGAGUUUCGCCUUACACAAUUUAGGAUACGAUGCUUUGUAUGAGAACCCAAGAAUCGACUCACGAUACCCUGGCAAAACAAGUCCAGCAAUCGCAGACCCAUCCAAAGGUGGAUUCAAUCAAUGGGAUUAUCCGACGAGACUUUUCGAGCCUGAGAAAUUCGGCAGUAGCUACUCGGUUCUUGGGCCCAUCGAAGUUAAUGGAAUAACCUUGGAUCUUACUGCACCAAAGCCUGAGUUCCAAUCUCCCGUUCAACCUCCGAUCUCAUCGUUCCAAUUGGGCAAACAGAAACCUACCAGUGAACGAGAUAACAAGGAUCAAAACUCUCAUUUUUCAGCCACCGUCAAAUACGAUUUUGUUAAUGCGGAAGAACAUCAAACCACACCAAAUUCGAGUGAACACUAUUUUGAUGCCUCAACGCCAUCUAGUCACCGUGGACAAGACAUUGAUCGAGUCUCCGACGAUCAAGCGACUGAGGACUACGGAAAUGUUGGCAACGCAUCGGAAGAAAAUGGACAUACAACAUCGCUUUCAGAAGUCGUUGUUACCGGGUAUCCUGAAAUGAGUAAUCGAGUAUUAGAAACGUACCAAUCUGCUCAGGAUCAGUCAUUGGAUCGUCACGAAAAUGUUGAGAUGGAAUCAGUCGAUUCUCACGCAAAUAAUCGCCUCAUUGAUGACGUUACACAAGGACACGACAAAGCCAAAGAUUUUUCUGAGGAAGUGGCACAUGGGCAAGGAGGCAUCAACUCAGAGGAAAGAAUCACAACACCUUACAAUUACGUGGCAGAACAAAAUCAAAUGGUAGAUUUUCACGUUCGUUCCGACGAUGUCACAAAGUCUUCGGAAAAAAUGGCAAAACAAGAAUUAACCUCAGCCAUUACUGAUGCGAAAGAAGACGAAGAUGAAUCCGGUACGGCGAUCGCUGAAGAAGAUCCGAAGAACCUUUCGGAAUCAGAAGAAGAUCAGCAGUCAGCAGUGAAUUCUGAAAGUUAUCGAUCGCUCGAUCAAAAUACACUUCCGAUCGAUCGCGACAAGUACUCCGAAGGAAAAACGACCAGCCUAACGACGAACUCCGCAGAAAGGAUCUCCCCUGGAACCUCUGAAGAUAACGAAGACGGCGUUUCGCUCGAAAAUCCUGACAACAAAGUACCUCAGCACGUGAAUGUAGCCGCGACAGACGUAAGUAGCUCAAAUAAUGUUGAAGAAAGUCACAACGCAUCGGAGGAAGAUGAAGACACUACCGAUUCGGAAUCAAUUCUUGGCCAGACCGAUGAGACCGUCGAUGAAAAUGAAGAUACUUUGGAGUAUGGGACAAAGAUACUCUCCGACUUGGAGUCUUUGAAGGCCGAAACUCAGGCGACCAACCAGAGCCGCGAUGCAUUGCAACAUCAAUAUGGCAGUGAGUUAACGUCGGAAGAUGAGAAAAUCUUGGAAACAUUGCUCGGCAAAGCAGUGCGUGAUUUCAAAAAAGUAGCGUCCUCUAAUUCCUCGAAAAGCGUAUCCACGUCGGAUCAACUAAGGGUGACUGAUGAAAUGGCAAUCGCGCGGAGGCUUCUUCUCGUACCGGAUGUCCAGCAUCUUGCACUGCAGGACGCAAGACUUUUUAUUUCCGACAUGGAUGACUUGAUGAAGUUCGGCCUGUCAACGGCCCGGGUAGCGGAUGACAUUAUUGCUGUUCUUGUAAAAAAUAUGUUGGACAGCUUGGCAACUUCGAUCGAACCUAAUCUGCUGCCAGUUCCGGAGGUGGCAGAGCCAUUGCGGUCGAUUGGUCAGGCAACGCUUUCGAACGCACAGUUAAAAGAAUACGUCACAAAUCUUAUAAAAACGUCUGGAGUCACAGCUGAGGAAGUCAAAUCCGAGACCACGGAAAACAUUCUUUACAGAACGAUUGAACACUCGUUGACGAAUGCCGGAAUAAAAGUAAAUAAGAUGCAAAUUUGGGAGACCCUGAAAAGUGCUAUUUCCGAAUUACAAAAGCCUGGUAAAAGUUCAAUCAAAAAUCGAGCGGUUGACGAACAAGUAUCUUUGAUCCACACUACCGAAACACCGAAUCCGGGAACUAAAAAGCUUCCGCUUAUAGCAGUCAGAGAACGGGCUUUCAAAAACGGACGUUGGAUAGACAAAAACACUUUUCUCAGCAGUCAAAGAAAUCCCAACGAGACAAAAGAAUCGCCCAGCACCAGUUCCACGAAAAAAGGGAAAUAUGAUUUGGAAGUCACGACUAGGCAAAUGGACCGUGAACUUCUAGCUGACCCUGGAAGGAACAUGAGCGAACAACUCAACCCGGAUGAUCCCAAUCCAGGAAUGGAUGCAGGAGGAAUCAGUGCUCCGACUGAGGCGACUGUUGGAGAGGCUCUGUCAGCGAGGAACGAAUCGAGAGCUAGCGAUCGAGACGAUGAAAAGAUUCCGAUUAAGUUUUAUUCGCCGAGAGAUCGAAUAUUGGCGUACAGGAAAAAAAUUCAAGCUCCUAAAGUAACGUUCAAGUUGAAAGAAAAAACGACGGUUUCUCCUCGCACUGCCAGCGCACAAAUUAAAGACACUUCGUCCCCAGCUGUCUCAGUGGUCCAAAAAUUUCCUCCAACUCACAAUGUGAACGAGGUUUCAAAGGCUUUCAGUGAAUCUCAAACAGCACCGGCAUCAAACCGAAAUCUAUCGACGAAUGAGAAAUUUGAGCAGAAACCAGGUUGCUCGAGCAGCUUCGAGCCCGCCAAAAAUACUGAGAAGAUCGAUGAAGAUAGUCUCGGCAUUGUGAAUCUUGGUACUGCUACUGAGUACAGCCCAACGACAGAUUACGAGGAAAAUUUAGUGACCGCAAGAAACAAGGUCGAUUCAACAACGACGAUGAAGGAUGAUUCCGUUAAAACAAUGAGAAAACUUCAGAAAAACGUAGAGAAAAGGAACCGAAAAAUGUCCACCGAACGAGUCGGUUUCUCGCGAAAUAAAAUCUCAAGUAAAAAAAAAUCAUCUGCGAUCGAACAAUCGACUGUCGCAGCCCCGGAAUACGAUCCAACGUACUUCGGAAAGAUAACUCCGAACGCGGCUGACUUUCCCAGUGAAAAAAUGUCCGAUCUGAUGCACACAGACUUAUUUUACGUCGGCGAUGGGGUUAAAAUUCCGUUGAAACUUGAGAAAAUGUCUGACGGCUCCUGGGGACUCUCGAUAUCCGAGAAUAUUUGUGGCAAUAUCGUCAAACAGAAGUGUCCACGCUGCAUACCGAACGAAGGAGAAAUUGUGGAAGACAAAAGACCCUCGAAAAAAGGCACAAGCAGCAGCGAGACUGCCACACCAAGUGAGAUAGAAAAUCAUCAUUUCGUCCCUGAUGAAAUUGGCACUCUGGAUCCCGUUGAUGGUCCGAAAGAGCGUCGCACUCGCUCGUUUCCGACUACCAAUGCGUCACCUGUCACCGAAUUCGUUGAAAGAUACAAUCUGACACUCAAUCCGGAAGAUGUUGCGGCGUCUUCACAAUUCCGGCAAAAUUCGACCGAGCAAACCAGCAACAUGGAAACUUCGAAAUCCAAGGAGGACGCAAAAGUCUUAAGUACGACAGCGAUUUCGACACUCCUCGGGAAUUCAGACUCGAACGUGUCUGGCGAUGAUUCUACCGGUCGUUCAACCAAUCCGAACACUGCACAAAUACUCGAGUCCACGGCGGGGUAUCCGGACAUCGUCGGAGCAAAACAUUCGGAAAUUCAGGCUCCGUGGGAAGAUCGAAUUGACAGAGUCAUUGAAAAUCCUGUCGAUGACUCGGCACAUUUCAAUUCCGCACAAAAUUUCAGCCACUCGGAGGAUGAUCGGAUCACUGUGGAACCUGAACUCUCCAUCUUCACGAACGUUGGAAACGAGACAGAAACAACAGUGAGUUGGAAUUCCAGCUCAAUGAAUUCCGGAACUUCGCGAGAACUCGGAUCCGUGCUAGAGUAUCGCGAUGAUUUUAAGGCAAUUCCUGAUGUAGAUGAAAAUGAAAAUGACCAAAGUACUGAAGGUCCUGUCAAUGAUUCCUCGCACUCGAAUUUUGGACAAAAUCUUAGCCACCCAACAAACUACGAGGACAUCGCAGAACCAGAACUCUCAGAAAUCGAUAGCAUCUCCCAACUCCAAAACACGGAAAUGGAUCCGCAUCGUAUUGAUGAGCCAAUAACUUAUAAUAAUGCACAACAUUUCGGGCCUGUGAUUGAACAUCAGGACGUCAAAGAACUGGAGCUUCAGGAAGUCACCUCCGUACCUGGAACCGGAAGCACCAAGAUCGUGGAGAAUUCUCAUUCCUCGAGAACCAAUCGAGGGUUGCCGGAACUCCCGAAAACCGAAAAUAUUUUUCAAGCUAAAAAAGCCAAAGUUAUGGGUCGUUGGUCGUGGGUCCACGAUUUAAUGAAUUCCAAUUUACAAGCCUCUGCACUAAAACCCAACGUCAUUACGAAUCCUGGAAACAUCGACGAAUCGGUACUCGAGAAAACUCACAAUGUAGUUAAAGCUGAACAUGCCAAAGUCGUGGAAUACCCUGUCGAUGGCACUGUAGAUUUCAAUUCCCCGCAACUCGUUAGCACCACGACGAACUGUCAGCCAACCAUCGAACCGGAACAUUCGGAAAUUAAGAGCGUUAUCCAAACCGAAAAAAUCAUUGUCGAGGAAAAAUUUGUUGACGAGGCGAUGCCUUCUGAAAAUACGAUUAUUGACGAGACGAGACUUUCGACAGUGAACAAUAAUUUCGAAGCUACUGACUUCAUAAGAAUUUCUAACGAUAGUUCAAACAAUUUCAAUUUUACUAAAAGUUAUGGCCCCGUGGAAGACGAUGAAGGAGUCCUCCGGUCGAAACUCCUGAAAAUCAACGAUCCACUGUACAGUGCCAAAGUCCAGGGGAACCUGGGUGACGAUUCGGAGAAUCCAAAUCCAUUAAAAGACCUCAAUCCGAUGAUGGACUAUCAGAAGAUUGCCGGAGCAAAAAUCCGAAAAAUCAAGAAUGUACGUCAGACCGAGAACUCCGCAGUUAAGCAUUCGAUCAACAGCCCAAAAAUUCUGAAUCUCGUACGUAACGACGAUUCGAGGAUGCAGCACGAAAAGUCUGAUGAACCCGAACACGAGAUUUCCAAGCAGAACCAGAAAAAAUCAAUCGAGUACGACGAUUAUGAUCUGACCGUGAUGACGAACGAAAUGCCGAAAUACGAUUACCAAAAGGACAAUCCAAUUUUAAAAAGAAUACGGUUUAUCAAGAAAAAACAAAUGGGCACGAAAUCUUACAGGUACCAAAAAUACAUUGAUGACGAAGCUCAAGAAAGGAUGGACGUUAUGACAACUGUAUUGCACUGGUUGAAAGAAGUUUUUUUUUAUCCCAACGCCCUUGAUGAUGAUUUGGCCUGAAUCAGCUCAGCAGGAGUAGCCGUGGGUGAAAAUCGCUUUUUUGUAAAUAAAUUCCAUGAGCCAGGAAUUCUAUAAACACCCUAUUUUCAUAUACAUUAGAAUAAGAUUAUUUAUUACCAUUUUUUAAUUUAUUUAUUUACUGUCUGUUUUUUAUGUACAAUCCAUUUCUCGAAUGAUCAGUUCUUCUUAUUUUACCUGUCGAUUCCAUUCUUUUUG